UAUUGAAGAACCGCAGAACACUCGUGACGUCUUUUAUGCGCCUUGGUUCGAAUGUUUGCCAUGUUUGCUCAUUUUGCCGGUGCUUGUCAGUUAGAACUUCUACCUCGGUCAUUUCUACAAAUUGUGUUAAUCGCACUUCCUAUUAUGACUCGACUGUUUCGACGUUCACUUCUUCGUCAUUAGACCUUUCGGUGGUCGUUAACCCUUCCCCUGUCCUUCGUCCAGGCAGAGUGACUGUCCACCUUCACGAUCCAGCCAUGUCAAAUAUCAAGGUAGCGGUCCGCGUCAGGCCGCUCAGUCAAGCGGAGAUUGACGGUGGUGACCAGCCCCACUGGACUAUUAAAGACAACUCUAUGUUCCCUGAUGACAAAGUGGAUGUGGUGCACACGUUUGAUCGGGUCUUCGGACCCUCCCAGUGCAACUCCGACGUCUACCGGGAGAUUGGCCAGCCCCUCGUGGAGUCUGUGAUGAAGGGCUUCAACGGCACCCUGUUCGCCUACGGGCAGACAGCGUCGGGCAAGACUCACACCAUGAUGGGUACGGAUCAAGAGAUGGGUUUGAUCCCGCUGGCGGUCAAGGAGGUGUUUAAUAUCAUUGAAAAUGUGCCCGACAGGGAGUACUUGUUGCGCAUCUCCUACCUGGAGAUCUACAAUGAGAACCUGCACGACCUGAUGAAGACGCCGAGCGGCUCUUACUUUCAGAGCCUGCAGCUGAGGGAGAAUUCGGAUGGCGAGCCUUACGUCCAGGAUCUCACCGAGCAGACGGUCUGUUCGAUGGAGGCAGUCAUGAAGGCGAUGCAGCUCGGCGAGAGGCAUCGCCACAUCGGCUGCACCAACCUCAACGCCAGGAGCUCACGGUCCCAUACCAUCUUCAAAAUGGUUAUAGAGAGCAGGGUCAGGGGAGAAGAGGAGGACAACACCGUUACCGUGUCUCAUUUGAACCUGGUGGACCUGGCCGGUUCGGAGCGCACGACAGAGGCACGGACCACGGGGGAGCGUUUCCGCGAGGGCAACUUCAUCAACACGUCGCUCAUGGCUCUCAGCCGGGUCAUCUCCAUGCUGAGCCGCGGGGAACAGGGCUUCAUCAACUACCGGGACUCCAAGCUUACUCGGAUCCUGCAGAACUCCCUCGGAGGCAAUGCCCACACAGCCAUCGUGUGUACGGUCACUCCCAGCUCGGUUUUGCAGACGAGCUGCACGCUCCGCUUUGCCAGCUCCGCCAAGAAGAUCUGCAACCGUCCAGUCGUGAACGAGGUGGUGUCGGACAGCACCAUGAUGCGUCGUUACCACAGAGAGAUCCAGACCCUGCGUCAGAAGAUGAAGGCGAUGGAAGACGGCACCCUGACGAAGACGCUCCAGGAAAAGGACUCAACCAUAGAGUCCCUGAGCAGGAAGGUGGAAGAGCUGGAGCGCCAGCUGGUGGUGUCCACACACUCCCUGCCGCAGCUGAUGACCCCGGUACCUGCGGUCGAGCGGCGUUGCAAGCGGAGGGAGACGUGGGGCGGCUCUCGCCCGCGAUCUGCGCUGCCGGUGUUGUGCAUGGCUCCGGCACUGCCCGUGCUGAAGCCGCCGAGGCCUGUGGACACGCCGCAGCCUCGCCUGGACCUGAGCACCAUCGAGGAGCUCCCCGAAACAACCGGCACGUCGGCAACGCGGAGCAGCACGGGGUUGCCCGACACUGCUGCGAACACCUCUUUCGAAGCGAUUCCUGGGGAGCAGCUUGAACGCUACCUCAAGCGAGAGGAACUGCUCCGAAUCAUGUCUCCACCCCUCGACCAGGCAUGCACCAACAAGAAUUGCGUGGAACGGGUACUGGAGCUGGAGUCGGAGCUGGCGCGUCUCCGCCGCGAGCACGAGGAACUCAAGGAGCUCACUACGCUGGAGAGACUCAUGUGCAGCACCUCUCACAAAGUUCAGCCCAAAGGUGUGCAGAAUGCAGCAGUCACCCUCUCCCCCGCCGUCUCUGGAAGCAAUGGCUGCGGCUCAAAGUCCCCACCCGAAGCCACGGUCACCCCGGUCAUGUCUGUAGCCGCCCUGCAGACGAUGGCAGCUCAAAAGGCGUGCAGUCGUCCACUCGUUCCACAGGGUCACAGUCCUUUUCUCGUGGCGGCAUCGUCAUCUGCUGCUGCGACAAACUUCGACGACGCCUGGGCGGCGGACUUGCAGCCCGAGUUUACGGACUUGAUGACAUUCGAACUUCGAGACACCUCUUCCGACAUGGACCUUGUCGAGCGGUCCGAUUCGUCUCCUGUCGUCAUGUGCUCUGUCGGAGUGCAGACGGACGUCGUCACGCCGGCGGUCGGAAUGCGAGACGCCUCCAGCUCUACGGACCGUGUCAAUGCGCGGGAAAGGGGCACUUCUUGCCAUUUGCCACUCCGAAGCGCAGUCGACGUCUGCGUGGAAGUCUCGCCGAACGUCGUCGACGGGAGCACGUCCACAGCGCUAGACGGAGUCGUCCUCACGUCGGACGUCGCGGUCGGAACGGAUGCCAUAUCGACGUUGCACGUCGAAACCAUGACGGAUGUGGCGCCGGUUGCGAGCGUUGCAGACGCUGGCACAAUGACAGACCGCAAAGAGGCAAAGACUGUCGAAGAAAAGGGGACAGCAGUGUCGAGGAGCUUCUUCGAGCAAAACGUCGCGACCUCUCCGAUUGCACAGCGUCUGGAAAGAGACUGCGUUGCGAAGACCCCACCCAAGCCGCCGGUGACAGUGGAGACGCAGACAACUCCGGGCUGCCGCGCAAGUAACUCUCUGCAUGAAAAGUCUGACAUCUACGAGUCUUCAGCGGUUGCCAUGCCGUCGUACGUGAUCGCUGAGUCUUUCGACAGAAUGGGGGCUAUCGCUGGUGCUGGGGAAGUUGUGGCGGCCCAGUUAAAUAAGACCUACUUUGUGUCCUGUGCCGGCGUUGGAACUGAGGCUGUGUCGAUGGUGCACGUCGAAACCAUGACGGACGUGACUCCGCUCGUGAGCGUUGUGGAUGCCGGCACUCUAACCGAUUGUGAAGUGGUGAAGAUCGGCAAAGACAAGGAGACAGCAGUGUCGAGGAGCUUCUUCGAGCAAGACGUCGCGACCUCUCCGAUUGCGCAGCGUCUGGAAAAGGACUGCGUCGCGAAGACUCCACCCAAGCCGCCGGUGACGGUCGAGACUCAGACGACUCCAGUCUGCCCUGCAAGGAACUCUCUGCAUCUGAAGACUGCCGUCUACGAGUCUUCAGCGGUUGCCAUGCCGUCGUGCGCGAUGGCUGCGUCAUUCGGCAGAAUGGGGGCUAUCACGGGCAUUGGGGAUGUUGUGGCGGGCCAGUUAAACGAGACCUACUUUGUGUCCCGUGCCGGUGUUGGAACUGAGGCUGUGUUGAUGGUGCACGCCGAAACCAUGACGGACAGGACUCCGCUCGUAAACGUUGUGAAUGCCGGCACUCUAACCGAUUGCCAAGUGGUGAAGAUUGGCAAAGACAAGGAGACAGCGGUGUCGAGGAGCUUCUUCGAACGAGACGCAGCAACCUCGCCGUUGGCGCAAGGUCUCGCAAGGGACGUCGGUGUCAAUGUCACGCCGAGGCCCCUGAAAACCAUUAGUACGCAGGCAACGUCGAGCCAUCCCAAGAGCGACGCUUUGCGGCAGACUGCACGUGUCGGGACCGUCCACGCACCUCCCGCGGUCAUCUCGGCGACCCCUCGGCAGGAUCUAGUGGGAACCUCGAAUGACGACAUCCACAACUGUUCGGGCAGCGACGUUGUGUCGCAGACCGUCUCGGCAGAACAAUCUCGUGCGGAGGCGGCGAGGGCAAGGUUCCCUUUCUUGACGCCGAGGGACGUGCCCUGGACUGCCAACUGGGCCGAAAGACCUUCGAGCAAGUCCUCUACAGGCAGCAGCGGGGUCCAUCCCGACGAGCUGGCACGUCGACUCUCGGCGAGGGCGAAGUUUCCGUUCCUGAAGCCAGUUGACGAGCCAUGGAGCAGCACAAGUGGUCGCCAGCCAUCGUGUCAGGCUCCUGCGGCGUCUCCCCCUGCGUGUUUCGCUGCAACCAUUCGGGCGGCCGCACGUUCCAGUGCCGCGGACGACCUUCCCGGAAGCAGGAAUCCGAAACGAGUACGUUCCGGGGAACGGCCGAGCACGGAGUGCACGGCGGAGAGCAUUUCGUCUCCCGAGAAGGCGGGGGAAGUUCGGGCAAAAGUGCAUCGUGCAAGACCACAACACUCUGCCAAGACAACACCUGCACCCUGCCAGUCAACAGCCGUCCAGACUGACCGCUGGUCAGCGCAGGAGAUGGAUAGGCUCUGCUUGAGGCUCCAGUCACUAGAGGAGGACCUCAAGGCCACCAAGAAGGCCCACAAGCGGCGGGAGGUUGAGCUGGAAGCCGAGGUCCGCAGGCUGCACCAGAGGGAGCUGAACAGCACUGUCCUGCAGCCCAGGCCAACGUCGCCCAAUGCGGCUCCGUGCGGUCACGCCUUGACCGCCGCCGACUUGGCAGCCAUGACGCCGCGGUCCAGGGAGGGUGCGCGUCUGCUGCAGUACGGACGGCAGCUCGACCACGGCGGCAUCGUGGAGGAGUUCCGUGCGGAGCGCCUGGCAGCGCAGCUAAAGCUGCGCAACCGGGAAUACGACACGCUGCAGCGUCAGAUGAAGGCCCUGGUCUCUGCCAGGAAACACUGCACGUGCGUUUCAAAACCGACGAAACACGCUGCGACGAGUCCACUGUGCACCGAGGCAGCCACGGAAAAUACUGUUGAAUCUGGGCAGCAGUUUUCCAGUGAUAUCCUGUUCGGGGGCCCAGAAGACGAAGAACGCUUCGAUAGGAACUGUAAACAGCAGUGAUAUAGGAAACCUGGACACUGGCUGAAACACUUUCUGCGAUAGUCUAUUUAUGGGCUCAAUCUAUAACCCAAUCUAUGGACUCUAGACAUCCUAGAAAACGAAACUUCACAUUCAUGCCUGGCCACUUUCUCUAAUAAGAUCGGUAUGAAAAAUUUGGUUACCUCGACACUGUGAUUGACAUCAGAUGGCGCAGUUGCAUGAGGACGGACAGGGCUCUGCCCUCCUCGUCCGAUGGCGACAUCUGGUGUCGAUCUUUUGAUAGCGAUUUUGAUGGAGAAAUUGGCCACGCAUUAAUGUAAUGUUCUUUUUUUAGUAUGUUGGAGCCUAUAGAUUUCACUAUGACCAUAGACUAUCGUAGAAAGUGGUUUAGUACCCCUUCAACACAUUUUAGCUUUUAAUUGGUUCUGUGUAACUACUCUAGGAAUGUUCUCUUUUUUUACCAAUAUGUCUUUAUUACAUGUGUCAAUAAAAUGUGAAGUAUUA